UCGACGGCCUCAGCGCUCGGCUGAGGGGCUCGGCGCGCGGCCCGGCUGCCGGCGCAUGCUCUGUGAGCGCCCGCGGGGGUUUCCGCGCGUGCGCGCUGCGCGGCGCUCCCUUUCUGCCCCUGCGCUGCAGCCGCCAUGGCGCCUGUGAAGAAGCCCGCAGCGAAAGGCGGCAAAAAAAAGAAGCAGGUGCUGAAGUUCACACUGGACUGCACCCACCCGGUGGAGGACGGCAUCAUGGACGCCGCCAACUUUGAGCAGUUCCUGCAGGAAAGGAUCAAGGUGAAUGGCAAAGCAGGGAACCUGGGCGGGGGCGUGGUGACCAUCGAGAGGAGCAAGAGCAAGAUCACGGUCACGUCGGAGGUUCCCUUCUCAAAGAGGUACCUGAAAUACCUGACCAAGAAGUACCUGAAGAAGAACAACCUCCGUGACUGGCUGCGCGUGGUGGCCAACAGCAAGGAGAGCUACGAGCUCCGCUAUUUCCAGAUCAACCAGGACGAGGAAGAGGAGGAGGAGGAGGAUUGAGCCUCGUUGUGGCCCUUUUUGUACAGUUACAGCUUGCCUGCAAUAAACGGCGGGGAGCGAUGUCGCUGCCCGCGAUCGGCGGCGGCA